AAAGGCAGGUGGUGGUGGUGGAGAGGAAAGGAGCGAAUGUCGGCCACCACUAUGCCACUUUCCUUCCUCUCGCUGUUGUAUUGAGGAAGCUUUUGAGGCAGGGAGGCAGGCGGCAUCAGCCCUUGCAUAACAUGCGGCUUCCGCCGCCAGGGUCAUCAGUUUGCUCUUCGCUUCUUUUGCUGUCGCCAGUACUGGAAGUCGGAGCGGGGCGUUAGUCAGGGUUUAUGAACUCAGAUUUGAAGUUUGAAAAUUGUAAGUGCUGAUAAAUACACAAAUAUGGCUUGAAAACUAUCAAAACUGUACAACUGAUUGUGCGAUGUACAAGCAUUCUGUUAUUUCACCGAAGAACUGAACUUAGAACUCUAUAAAACAAUUUGAACUCUAUGAAAAUAUUGUGUAGUCACUGACCUUAAUGUUGUUGCUUAAAUUAAAUGACUCUUUGGAAAUGGCAAAUGAUAAAAUGAUGGUAGAAAACAUGGACAUUCAAAUGAAGAAUGAACAAAACAUGGAUGUUCUUCAGGAAGAUAUUGAGAUGAACGGGGGAUCAAGUUCGAAUGCUAACCAUGAAAAUUACUUCAGUGGGCAUGAUUCACAUCGCAAUGAGGGUGAAGAAAAUGGGAAAGAAACAGCUAUGAUUAUGGAAUCUUUAGAUUGCUUCAAAAGCAGUGAACUAUCUCCUAAAUCUAAAAUCCAGAAGGAAUUAAUAAAAACAUUGCAAGAACUGAAAGGGCAUCUUCCUCCUGAAAAAAGGAUCAGAGGCAGAUCCAGUAUCUUGUCAACUCUGAAAUAUGCACUUAGGAGCAUUAAGCAAGUUAAAGCUAAUGAAGAAUAUUACCAGUUGAUGAUGAUCAAUGAAAGCUAUCCCUGUGGUUUUGAUGUAUUGUCCUAUACUGUGGAAGAUAUUGAAAACAUUACUACAGAGUACAUUAUGAAGAAUGCAGAUAUGUUUGCUGUAGCUGUUUCUUUGGCUACUGGGAAAAUUCUGUACAUCUCUGACCAGGCUGCUUCUAUUCUCCACUGUAAGAAAGAUCUCUUUAAGAAUGCCAAAUUUGUGGAGUUUCUGGCACCUCAGGAUGUCAGUGUGUUUUAUAGCUCUACUACUCCAUACAGACUGCCAUCUUGGAGUAUUUGCAGUGGAGUGGAGUCUGUCACCCAAGAGUGCAUAGAGGAAAAAUCUUUUUUCUGCCGCAUCAGUGCAGGGAAAGAACAUAUAAAUGAGAUCUGCUAUCAACCAUUCCGUAUGACUCCUUACCUUAUUAAAGUACAAGAUGCAGAAGAUCAGCUUUGUUGUGUGUUGCUUGCAGAAAAAGUGCACUCUGGUUAUGAAGCACCCAGAAUUCCGCCUAAUAAAAGAGUCUUUACAACCACACAUACACCAAGUUGUUUGUUCCAAGAUGUAGAUGAAAGAGCGGUACCUUUGUUGGGAUACUUGCCUCAGGACUUAAUUGGAACUCCUGUCUUGGUACAUCUUCAUCCAAACGACAGACCUUUAAUGCUAGCAAUUCACAAAAAAAUACUUCAGUGUGGUGGACAGCCAUUUGAUUACUCACCAAUUAGGUUCUGCACUAGAAAUGGUGAAUACGUAACUCUGGAUACUAGCUGGUCCAGUUUCAUCAAUCCUUGGAGUCGAAAGAUUUCCUUUAUAAUUGGAAGACACAAAGUUAGAACAGGUCCCUUGAAUGAAGAUGUGUUUGCACCUCACUCCACAGAAGAAAAAAAUCUUCAUCCAAACAUUCAGGAAAUUACAGAGCAAAUACAUCGGUUAUUAUUACAGCCUGUCUAUAACAGUGGCUCUAGCGGCUAUGGAAGCUUGGGGAGCAAUGGAUCACUUGAACACCUAAUGAGCGUGGCUUCAUCCAGCGACAGCAAUGGGAAUAAUAAUGAAGAUACCCUGAGGAUACUGAAGCCUCAUUCUUCUCAAGCUAUUUGUAAAGAUGGACAUUUGGCCAAAAAUAAGGGAGAGCUUGUCUUCAUUGAUUCCAGAUCAAAGCUUGAAAAUCAGAAAAAAUCUUAUGGAGAGAAAACUAGUGACUGUCAUGGUUAUGCAACUCAGUCAGCAGAAAAUGGUGCUAUUGGAAUUGCUUGUCAAAGGAGCCUGGCUGCAGAAGAACUGUCUUGGGGGGAACAGCCUGGGUAUUCAUAUCAGCAGAUCAGCUGUUUAGAUAGUGUUAUCAGGUAUUUGGAAAGUUGCAGUGCAGCUGAUGAAGUGAAGAAAAAGUCUCAACCUUCAUCAAGUACUGUUUCAUUGAAUCCUGAUAUACGCAGAGAGAAAAUGAAUGAUAGUACCAUUAAAACAUCCACAGAAGAAAGUGGGCUAUCAAAAACUCAUAUAGGCCCUGCAGUGUUGGAGACACCUGACAAAUCAAAUGCUUCUGUUGUUGGUGGUCACUUAACUUCUUUGACUUUGCCUGGAAAGCCAGAAAGUGUUGUAUCUUUUACCAGUCAAUGCAGCUACAGCAGCACCAUAGUUCAUGUUGGAGACAAAAAAAUUCAACCUGAAUUAGAAAUAAUAGAAGAUGGUCCUAGUGGAACAGAACCCGUAGAGAAUCAACCUAUUACUCCACAAUCCAGCACUGCACAAAAGAACCAAGAAAAAGAGGCAUUUAAGAAAUUGGGACUUACAAAGGAAGUCCUUGCAGUGCAUACACAAAAAGAAGAGCAGAGCUUUCUGAACAAAUGUAAAGAAAUUAAAAAGUUCCAUACUUUUCAAUAUCAUUGCAAUUACUACUUUCAAGAAAGACCCAAAGGACAUCCUGGUGAACGUGGUAUGCAUGGACUACAACAUGGCUCUGGAAUAGAUCAACCUUGGAAGAAAAGUGGGAAGAACAGGAAGUCUAAGUCAAAACGACAUAAGCCACAGGAAUCUUCAGACAGUACGACUUCUGGUACCAAACCUCCACACAGGGUUCCUUUGCUUGGCCUAAAUAGUACAGCCUGGUCUCCCUCAGAUACUUCCCAAGCAAGUUAUUCAGCCAUGCCUUUUCCUGCAGUUAUGCCUGCAUAUACAGUUCCAGUUUUUCCACCUACUGGGACCGUUCACCCAGGUCCUGAACCUUCUCUUUCUGGCUUGAAUGAAUCACAGGACUUGGGAAAUCAUUGUCCUUUGCCGUUAUCGCAGUUCCCUGCACCACUAGUGACUCCAGUGGUAGCACUUGUACUCCCCAACUAUGUGUAUCCUCAGGUGAACAAUGGUAUCCCUCAGACACUUUAUCCUGACCCACCUAGCUUUUCUUCUCAGCCUUCUUUCUCUUCACAAGUACCGUUUACAGCUCAGCCUCCAUUCAGUGCCUCAAACGCAUUUUCUCCACAGACUGUAUUUCAGACACAGCCGUUCCGUUAUAAUCCAUCAGCAGAUAGUGAAAAGACCCCUGUUAUAGAAUCCCGAAACGAACCAUCCCGUUCCUGCACACCUCAGUCUCUUCCUAGUCUACAAGACCAGGCCUCAGCCCCGCUGUUCCAGUCACGGUGCAGUUCUCCCUUACAGUUGAACCUUCUACAAUUAGAAGAAAUGUCAAAAGUCACUGAAAGUGGAGCCGCUGGUAUGCUGGGGAGCCAUGGAACUUUAACUGAUGGAGGGACCACUAGCAAACCCAUGAAUUCAGAUGACUGUAACAGAAAAGCUUCCUCCCCUGUUGAAUCUCCAAUGGAAGCUCAAAAUAGUGAUGCCUUCUCCGUAUCUAGUGAUAUACUUGAUAUUUUACUUCAGGAAGAUGCAAGUUCAGGCACUGGGUCUGCUUUGUCAGGAAGUGGUGCUUCAGCAGCUGCUGAGUCUUUAGGAUCCGGUUCAAAUGGAUGUGGCAUGUCAGGCAGUGGAACAGGAAGCAGCGAGACAAGUCGUACCAGCAAAUAUUUUGGGAGCAUAGACUCAUCAGAAAACAAUCAUAAAACAAAGGGCUCAGAAAUGGAAGGUAGUGAGCAGUUCAUUAAAUAUGUCCUCCAGGAUCCCAUCUGGCUACUGAUGGCAAAUACAGAUGAUACUGUUAUGAUGACUUACCAGAUACCCGCCCGAAACUCAGAAGCUGUUUUAAAAGAGGACAAAUUGAAACUGAAACAGAUGCAGAUGUUCCAGCCUAAGUUUACUGAGGUGCAAAAAAGAGAGCUACUUGAAGUGCACCCAUGGAUUCAGAAGGGUGGACUUCCCGAGGCUGUUGCUAAUUCAGAGUGUGUUUAUUGUGAAGAAAAUGUUAAUAACAGCUCUUAUGCACAAGAUGAAGAAAUCCAUGAAAUGGAGCUUAAUGAAAUGAGUGAAGCCAGCGGGGAGAAUAGUUUGGCUACCUGGGACCAAGUCAACAAUGAAAAUGUCUAAUCCAUGAAUAUCCAUUUCAGGAACAUCUGCCUUUAACUAUUGCAGUGCAUCAUUAGAUCUUAAAGGUUUUUAAGCUUGUUUCUUGUGAAAUGAAUUCCAUUUUAUAUAAAACAAAUGGAUUUUUUGUUCUAGAAAAAGGUCAUUUGUGAUAAAUCUCUUUGAAUGGGAGCAUUCCUUUCCCUCUCUAGCAACCGUUGUAUAUUUAGGAGAUGUAUAUUUUUGUUUCAUAUUUUGAAAAAAAAUCUUUCAAAUUCUGAAAAACCUAUAAUCAUUCUUUAAAAUUACAGAGAAUAUAAUCAAAGCCUGAUUGGAUAGUGAGUAAUGUUACAAAAUACUGGGUCAUCCUAGGAUGAAUUCCAGAUUAGUGGAAGUAAAGCCUCAAUAUUUGACUGUUUCACUUACUAAACAAACCUAACUUCAUCCAACUACAUCUAAAUUCUGAUUUA